AUGGCCCAUCUAUCCCAAGAGCACGUCAAAUAUCUAUACGAAAAAUUUGGGGAAUUGAAAGUCCUCGACGACAUCAUCCGCCACCGGGCUGCCGAUGAUCCUCCCGCGCCAAUUCUGGCGUAUCCACGCCCCGGUACAGUAGCGGACUAUGAAUACUUCACGGGGCGUGAUCUAGAUCGGUUGAUUGAUGGGGCGGCUAGACGAUAUCUGUCCUUGGGAUUGAGCACGACUGACCACAAGGUUGUGGGCCUCCUCGCCCCGUCUAAUCUCGACUUCAUCGUCUCUUUCUUCGCACUUAGUCGUCUCGGACACACAGUUCUGGCCUUGUCGUUGCGAAUCGCGUCUGUUGCAGUCAUCAACCUCCUAAAACAGACGGACUGCGGCACAGUGGUGCAUGGUGAUACGGCGCAGAUCGUGUCGACUCUUGAGAGCGUCAAUGUCAACUAUCCUAUCAGGGCUUAUGGUAUUCCUUCGCGCAAUGAAUACGACCAGCCCCUGGGCACCGAGGAGCGGUUUACCCGGUCCAUCGACCGAGAGCAAGAGAAUACCGCGACGGCGUUGAUCAUGCACUCCUCUGGUUCGACUGGACUCCCUAAAGCUGUGAUGCUCACGCACCGUGCCCUUCUCACGCAUCCCACGCAAGGUUCGGGACUGCACAACUUUAACGCCCUGCCGUGGUACCAUCUAUACGGCGUCUCGACGUCGCUGCAGGCAAUGUGGAUGCGCAGGACGGCGCAUCUGUACAAUGCCGCCAUGCCGAUCACUUCAGAAUCGCUGAUUGAUAUCCUGGAGAUAGUAAAACCAGAGGCCGUGCAUACCGUGCCAUAUGUGUUGGGUCUGAUGGCGGAGAAGCCCCGGGGGGUUGAGCUGCUGCGGCGAUGUCAAGUCGUGACGGGGGCAGGAGCCCGUACUCCUGACGAACUGGGCGAUCGGCUGGUCCGAGAGGGAGUAAAUUUAGGAAUUGUAUUUGGAACGACGGAAGCCGGCCUCGCAGGCGAUACAAUGCGCCGAGCCAAAGGCGACGACUCUUGGAACUACAUCCGCAUCUACGCGAACAUCCGGAAAUACGUCCAUAUGAACCCUCUUGGCGACGGGUUGUAUGAAUGCGUGUAUCUCAAAGGUCAUUCGGCCCUGUCGACGUCAAACUCAGACGACCCGGCCCCUGGAUCCUGGCACUCCAAGGACGUUUUCGUGCCUCAUCCGACCAUUCCAGAGGCGUGGAAAUACGUCACUCGCAUCGAUGAUCGGAUCACCCUCAUAAAUGGAGAGAAAGUGCUUCCGCUUCCUAUCGAGGGUCGUAUCCGCGAGGACGAGCUUGUUCGCGAGGCGGUCGUCGUCGGCGUCGAUCGCGCGAUUCCCGGCCUCUUAGUCUUCCGAGCACCUGCCGGAGAUCAUCUCUCAGAAGGAAACUAUCUCGAUGCUAUUUGGCCGGCAAUUGCUGACGCGAACACCAGAGCUGAGGGCUUCUCGCAAAUCACCAGGGAAAUGGUGACUCUCAUGCCCUCGGACGUGUCGUAUCCACAGACCGACAAGAGAAGCAUCAUCCGCGCGCAAGUCUAUCGCCAAUUCGCGGAGCAGAUCGAAGAUAUGUAUGUGCGGCUCGAGGAGAACCACGAAGGACUACUUCAGCUGGACUUGCCUGGGUUGGUGGAACGGCUUCAGUCCAUCUUCCGGGAUAUCGUUGGGGUGCCAGUUGAGUCUAUAGAGACGGACUUCUUCACUGCUGGCGUAGACAGUCUCAAAGCGAUCCAGAUGCGCCGGAUCAUUCAGAAGACCAUCGAUCUGAAUGGGCAUACAUUGCCACAGAAUAUCGUGUACAACAAAGGAAACGUGAAGAGGCUUGCUGCAUAUCUGCAUGCCCUGGUCAAUAAUCAGAUGGAGGCUGUGGCAGACGACGAGGAGACCAGCAUGAUGGAGUUGAUUGAGCGAUACUCGCACUUCCAAGAACACAAGUAUUUGAAUGGGGUCCUUAACGGACACGGGCCUGAUGUUGAUCGGAAUGCCGUGAUCCUCACCGGCGCCACUGGCUCUAUCGGCGCGCAUCUCCUGCAUCAACUCCUAUCCAUGAACAACAUCGGCACAAUUUACUGCUUCUGCCGGGGCAAGAAUCCAAUCCUGCGUGUCCUCCGCUCCCUCGAAUCUCGAGGCCUCGCCCUACCACGUCACACGUCACCAACUCGCAUAAUCGCCUUAACCACCGACCUCGACCAGACGGACUUCGGCCUCGACGCAACCACCCUGAAAGAACUGCUCCAGUCCGUCUCGCUGAUCAUCCACAGCGCGUGGCCGGUCAACUUCAACAUCCCGUUGCAUAACUUCGAGCCGCACAUCGCGGGUCUACAUAACCUGCUGCAGUUCUCGCUCUCUGUGCACCGACCGGACCCGGCACAGGUCUUUUUCUGCUCGUCGAUCUCGGCCGCGUGGAACAUCCCGUCCACCUCACAGGCGAUUCCAGAGGCACCCAUUGAGCAGCUAGGCUUCGCGGCAGGGAUGGGCUACGCACAAUCGAAGCUCGUUGGGGAACAUAUCGUGCGAAACGCGGCGCGGCGCGGGGCUAGAAGUUAUGUGCUGCGCAUCGGGCAGAUCGUCGGGGAUACGGUACGGGGCGUUUGGAACGAGGGCGAAAGUAUCCCCUUGAUGAUCCGCUCUGCAAGGACGAUGAAAAUUUUGCCAGAUCUGAAGGAGACAUGCAGCUGGCUCCCCGUCGAUAUACUCGGAACGGCAAUCCUCGAAAUUGCACACACUUGCGCGCAAGGCCCGGUGCCGGCUGGACUGGACAAGGUAGACCCCCCUAUUUUUUAUAAUCUCGUGAACCCGCACGAAUUUGCGUGGCUGGACCUGCUGUCACGGCUGCGUACCGCGGGCCUAGAAUUCACGACCGUUCCGUUUGCGCAGUGGCUGGACGGGCUGCGAGAUAGCUCAGCGAGGGGCGAGGAGGAGCAGAAUCCGGCCGUCAAGCUGGUCGAGUAUUACGAGCAGACCUAUACGCAGGGAGGGAAAAGUAGAGGAGCGAAGUUUGAGGUUGACGUGGCGCGGAGGGAUAGCGAGAAGAUGAGAAAGACGAUUGACGUUGUGGGCAUGGGGUUGGUAGAGAAAUUCUUGGGGGUAUGGGAGAGGCAGUAG